CGGUGACGACGAAGACCGGACCGCGCGCGAGCGCUCCGACCCGACCGGCCCGGUCCAGCUGCGGCGGCGGUGACGGUCACAAACGUUUCGCGUGAUCCGUUGGCAGCAGACGUCACGAGCGAGCAUCACGUCGCAUCUCAUUUCGUCCACACCGACAAGUGCGCGAGCUCCUCACCGCCACCUCCCCCCACACACGACUCGGUUUGCGGUGUUGUACGCGUUCCGACAGCAGUCGUCCUGUCCGGCGACGGACGUUUGCUGUCCCGUCUGCAAGUGCGCACGGGAAACGAUAGUAACAUACAAGUAACCCACAAAUAAGGGAAGUUUUCGAGCAAGGACCGCGAACGCACGAGGUGCCGCACUGCAGUGCGUGCGAAACGACUCGAUCGUCAUGACAACGUGCAGAAGUCUGCCGAUUCGCAGUCACGCGGCCCGUGAACGACGUCGUUGACAGGUGUUCGAAGUCGCCGCACGCUAUCCGCCCUCCGCCGCGGGUGUCCGUCCGUUCCGAGUGUAACCGCGUCGUCUUCUCCGCAGCCGCCGCCACCGCCACCACCACCACUACCCUUCGUCGGCGGGAUCGCCCAUUCCGACGUCCACACCGCCACGCGAUGGCCCGAUCCGGGGUCGUGGCGCCUCUUGUCCAGUUGCUGCUGUGCGCGGCCGCUCUGCGACCCGCCGCAGUGAUGGUCAGCGGCCAGGACGCAGACUCACUGGCCAGCAGUUUUUUCUCAGGUUUACUGGACACUAUUACCAGCACGGCAGACAGCAAGGACUGUCCUGGUGUAUGCGUGCACACGCUGGCCACGCUCAUAUGCUACGAGGUGCUAGAAAACGUCAAGUGCCCUAGCCCGACGAUGCGGUGCUGCGUGGAACCUCCUCCGCUACCAGCCAACGGCACGGCAGCCGCCGUCAACAAGGUGGACCAAACUACGCAAACCGCAGUGUCCAGCACCCGCCCGCAAACGGUCUCCUCUAGCAGCCAACAGCAGAGGCCGGCUGUUAACUCGUCGUCCGCGGACAAUCCGGGGAUCGUGUGUCCGGGAGUGUGUGUGGCUGAGAGGAUAGCGGACUACUGCGAGGCCGUUCUAAACGUGACGGAGAUGUGCAAGACGGGUCUGCGAUGUUGCGUGUCCAAGGACGCGUUCGCCGGUGCAGAACACCUGGUCGUGUUGGACAGAAACUCGACCAGGAUCAGCUUGAACAACGCCCCACACCGGCCGCCGCCACCAUCGUCCACCACGACGACGGCGGCAACGACCACAGCGGCCGCGGAUACCUCAGCGUCUGCGCCGCCGCCGCCCGUAGGCAGCAAACAGUGUCGCGGCGAAUGCGUCAGUGGGCUGUUCGCGCUGUUUUGCGACGACGUGGACGCCGACGCGUACUGUCCCGGCGACGACAGCAGCUGUUGCGUCACCGCGCCCGCCGACGGACAGUCGGGCCAGCAGCAGCCACCACCGCCACCACCACCGCGUCCCGCUCAGCCGUCCAAACAACCUUCGGCCAAGCCGCCGCCACCGUCCACCACGGCCGCGGGGCCACCGUUGCCCAAGUGCCCGGGCUUCUGUUUGCUCAACCUGAUGGCCGCGUUCUGUGAACGGCCGUCGGUACUGGUGUCGUACACGUCCACGUGCAAACGCGGCUCGGUGUGCUGCGACAACACCAAGGCGGCCGCCCCGUCGCCCUCACACACAGCGCAAAAGCCCAAGCCCCGGCCACCCGCGCCGACCACCACCACAGUGGCCACGCCACCUGCACCGCCCGACGGACGGCCAGAGUGUCCGGGAUCGUGCAUUGUCCCUUACUUGUCGUUCACUUGUUUCAGAAACGCAGAAAUGACGGACGUAUUCAAAUGUCGAAAACCGGGAACUCAGUGUUGUGCUUCAAAAACUCAAAUCCGCGAAGUUGUCGAACAGAAAACUGGCGUCAUUAACCAAGGGGCCAAUUCACAGCAAUCUACGCCGCAAACCUAUGGUGGGUUUACACACAGAAACGACACCAUACCUCCGUUUAGGCCGCACGUGCCCAGUUCGUUACAAGUAUACACCCCGUCGCCAGUCGAUUACUCAGCGAAUCCUACAGUAUCCACGCUGACUACGUCAAAUCCUGUACCUUCCAAACCGUCGACGUAUAGCAAGUACGUAUGCGGUGUAAAGGGAACGUCUAGGACGCGGACGUCGAGAGUAGUCGGCGGGGAAGAUGCGGACGCGGCCGAGUGGUGUUGGCAAGUGGCGUUGAUCAACUCUUUAAACCAAUAUCUCUGCGGUGGAGCAUUGAUCGGCACUCAGUGGGUGUUGACCGCUGCGCAUUGCGUUACAAACAUUGUAAGGUCCGGCGACGCGAUAUACGUGCGUGUUGGAGAUCACGAUUUGACCCGAAAGUACGGAAGUCCGGGGGCCCAGACGCUCCGGGUGGCCACCACGUAUAUCCACCACAACCACAAUUCUCAGACUCUGGACAACGACAUUGCCCUGCUCAAGCUUCACGGUCAAGCCGAACUUAAGGAUGGCGUGUGCCUGGUUUGCCUACCGGCAAGGGGUGUCAGUCAUGCAGCCGGCAAGCGGUGCACCGUUACAGGGUAUGGGUAUAUGGGCGAAGCAGGUCCGAUCCCAUUGCGCAUCCGAGAGGCCGAAAUCCCGGUAGUCAGCGACACAGAGUGCAUCCGCAAGAUAAACGCAGUCACCGAGAAGAUAUUCAUACUUCCAGCCAGCAGCUUUUGCGCCGGUGGUGAGGCUGGAAAUGACGCCUGUCAGGGAGAUGGCGGUGGACCUCUUGUGUGUCAAGACGAUGGAUUUUUCGAAUUGGCUGGAUUGGUUUCUUGGGGUUUUGGAUGCGGCAGAAUAGAUGUACCUGGUGUAUACGUUAAGGUUUCAUCGUUUAUUGGCUGGAUCAAUCAAAUUAUUAGUGUAAACAAUUUGUAAUUUUAAAUAUUCAAACAUUAAUUUGCGUCAGUUCAAAUAAAAAGUCGAAUAUUGUUUAAAUUUAGCUUAAAUUCAUCAAUAAUUUAUUUAUUUAUUAUUUAUUUUGUACAUAAACCAUAAAAAUUAUUUUUAUGAUUAAAAUGACAUAAAAUAUAAUAUUAUUAUACAUUCUUGUCUAAUCAUAAUAUUAAUGCAAUUUGUAAAUAUAAAAUAAAACCGUAAUUUACGUAUAGAUUAAGUAUAAAAUUGACAUUGGUGACGUAUUAUAUGACAAAUAUUUUGCCAAUAUUAAUUAUUAGCUAUAAACAAAUAUUGGUUUAUUUAAAAAUAUAUGUUCAAAAAUUACUUUUAUCACAAAUCAUUUUUAUUAUAUCUAUUAAUGUUUUAUACUUAAAUAAAUAAAUCAUUGUAUUAGAUGUAUUGGAUUUAAUGAAAGUGUAAUAAUUUUAUAUAAUUAGACGUUUUAUACAAUAGAAAAAUAUCAAGUAUAAUAUUUAUCCAAAUGUUUUUCAAUAAAUUAAACAAUAUAAUUAUAUACUUGUCAUCGAAUUAUUAUCUGUAUUGGCGUUUUAAUUGGAAUUACGUUCAAGACGUUCAGGAAUAUUUCUAAUUUUGUGCCUCGAAUAUAAAAUAUUCAUUAUAGCAUUAUAUUAAUUAAAAUAAUGUACUAUAACUAUUUAGAAUUUAUUUUAAGUUAUUGUAUUUAAAUUUAAAAAUUUAUUGCAAAUUAUAAACCAAAACAUAAAAUAAUAAUGUUAACCUUGUAUUAUUGUAUUUAAUAAUAUACAUUUUAAGCCUUUCAAGUUUCAGGCAAAGUUGAAUCACAGGAUUGAGAAAACAACUCUCAAAGAAUCACAGUUUAAUAUUAAUAAUAUGUGAUGUUAAUGGAUGUAUUUUAAAUUUUAAUAAAAAAUAUAAAUAAAUUUGAUAUUUAAUAAUAA